GCUGGGCUUUCAGCCAGCACAAUGAGAUCCAUAGACUUCUCUGUCAACCUGUUACAUAAGUCUUGGUUUGACAAGCCAGGCACUGCCCCUUUCACGGUGUAUUGCAAUCCUCAUUUAUUCACUGAAUGGGGAUUAGCAAAUGACUGGGGAGGAGAAUAAAUUAUUUGCAGUCACCUGAUAGUUUAAAUACUAUAUUAUAGGUAAGGUCUAUGCAGUAGCUAAUAUGACGGGCAUUAGUGCUUCACGCUGCUAAUUUCUGCCAACGGACACUGAUCAUAUUUUUAUUGCACCCUUUGCAUUUUACCCUGUGCAGCAAUUUGCUUAUUGAAAGGCAAUGGAGUGGACGGAUCCCAUUUCCAUAUUUUUACUUUUUGUCCUGACUGUUCUGUUUAUUAUGAAAACUGAAAAAUUCUGGACUAGCAACUUCCAAGAGAAUUUCCCCCCGGGACCAAAGCCUUUACCCAUCAUUGGAAAUCUGCAUAUAAUGGACCUGAAGAGGCCCUACCGGACUAUGCUGGAGCUGUCAAAAAAAUAUGGCCCAGUCUUCAGCAUUCAGAUGGGAUGCCAGAAAAUGGUGGUGCUCUCGGGAUAUGAGACAGUGAAGGAGGCUCUUGUGAACCAGGCAGAUGCUUUUGCAGGGAGACCUAAAGUACCAGUAUCUGAACAUCUUUCAAAAGGAUAUGGUGUUAUUUUUUCUCACGGCAAUAACUGGAAAGUGAUGCGAAGAUUUACUCUCACGACCUUACGAGACUUUGGAAUGGGCAAGAGGGCCAUAGAGGACCGGAUUGUUGAAGAAUACGGAUUUCUGAUGAAGGAUAUUGAAUCUCAUAAAG